UAGUGUGCGAAACAUAUCGGCAACCCAAUUCUCAUACUUUUAAAACGUCUGUUGAUAAACAUGUGCUUUCCCUACACGUGCUGCAACCUCAAAUUAAACUUGAAAUUGAUUUAAAAUUAUAAUAAACAUGUCUUUUGGAGGCAUGCAGCGUGUCAGCGAGAGUGUGCUUCGCACUCGACCUAAAGCAGUGCAGUUUACGCUUUUUACUAAUGAAGAUAUCAGAAAGUUAGCGGUGUGUAAGAUUAUUUCAUCAACCAGUUUUGAUCAACUUGGACAUCCACUUCCUGGAGGACUCUAUGAUAAACGACUGGGACCUGUAACGGACCGAGCGGAACCAUGCCAGACAUGCCAACAACCUUAUUUCUCCUGUCCCGGACAUUUUGGCUAUAUCAGCCUUCCGCUGCCAGUGGUCCAUCCACUAUUUCACAAGGUCAUAGCCCAGUUAUUAAAAUAUUCUUGCUUGCAAUGCUUUCACAUUCAAAUACCUGGUUCGGUAAAGCAUGUGCUUGACGUGCACUCCAAACUUCUUGCUAGAGGUCUACUUGUCGAAGCCGAAGAACUCGGAGAGUUGAUGCGUGAUCUAAUGGGUCGCUAUGAUAGCGUUAUGGAAUUGCCAGAACCAGACAUGCUUAAAGUCAGCGUUUACGAAGCUCUCAUGGAACGCCCGAUUAUCGACGCGGACGCCGAAACCAACAAAAAUAUCGAAAGUAUGCGGAAUAAAACUCAGUAUGAUGUAUGGAGAGGUAUCCGGGGCGGCAAGCGUUGUUUGUAUUGCCAGGCGCAACCUGGAAAGAUAACAGCUAUCAGGCGGAAACUUAUUGCCGUUGAGCGGCAAAAGCUUGACGAGACUGAUGUUUUGGAGCAAACCAUGAUUCGCGCCAUGGUUUCCAAGCCCAUAACACCAGAACAAUCCAGGGAGUACAUUCGUAAAAUAUGGACGGAGGAUUCGCCCACUUUGAAGAACUUAUUUCCGGUUUUACAGGGGAUCAAGGCAGAAUAUCCCACCGAUGUGUUUUAUAUGGAUGUCGUAGCGGUUCCACCGUGUAACAUAAGACCAUUGAGUGUGGUGAAUGGAAGAGUAUCCGAACACUCGCAAACUGCGAUCUACAAAAGGGUGUUUCAGGAUUCUUUGAUGUUGAAGGCGGUUAUGCUUGCGAUGCGUGAUGGAGAAGGUGGUGUGGAAUCUCUGCCGCCGGAAACAAGAGCGGCUUACGCGGCUACGCGUGGCGCAACUCCAGUCGAGAAGUUGUCUCAUGCUUGGGAUCAACUCCAAGCUGACGUAGAUGCGUUAGUCGACAAUGACAAUGGGAAGUUGAGUGGAGAGCAAGGAUUGAAGCAGAUCAUUGAAAAGAAAGCAGGAAUUAUUCGCCAGCAUAUGAUGGGCAAGAGGGUGAACUUUGCAGCGCGGUCGGUUAUUACACCUGAUCCGAAUCUCAGCAUCAGCGAAAUUGGAAUUCCGGAAGUGUUUGCGAAGCAUUUGACUUAUCCAGUGCCUGUUACUUCCUGGAAUGUCGAAGAGAUGCGAAAAUUGAUUAUGAAUGGACCAAAAAAGCAUCCAGGGGCAGUGUCAGUUGAGUUUGAAAAUGGUCGUGUACAACGUAUCCCAGACGGUUCGACCGGAAAGGAGUCUAUUUUGAAGCGACUUCUUACUCCUGACGGUCCGGAGAAAGGUUUCCGUGGAUUGAAGACGGUACAUCGACAUUUGUGCAAUGGCGAUAUGUUGCUUCUCAAUCGUCAGCCAACUCUUCACCGGCCUUCCAUUAUGGCGCACACCGCACGUGUGCUUAAAGACGAGAAGACGCUUCGUCUUCAUUAUGCCAAUUGCAAGGCUUACAAUGCCGAUUUUGACGGUGACGAAAUGAACGCGCAUUUUCCUCAAAACGAGAUUGCUCGCGCUGAAGGAUAUCACAUUGCUAACGUGGCCAAUCAGUACCUGGGACCUAAAGAUGGCGCACCGCUUAGUGGUCUUAUUCAGGAUCACAUGAUUGCCGGCGUGAAAAUGUCCCUGCGCGGUAGAUUCUUUGACCGCAUGGACUAUCAAGAGCUGUGUUAUCAGGCGCUUGCAUCCAAAUUGGAUAAUAUUAUAUUAUUACCGCCUGCUAUACGAAAACCGCGUAUUCUUUGGAGUGGCAAGCAAGUAUUAAGUACAGUGAUAAUAAAUGUUAUUCCACGUGGUCGCGCUGCUAUAAAUUUGACGGCAAGUGCGAAGAUUCCAGCGAAAGCAUGGCUGAAUCAUACACCGAGGGAAUGGAAGUGUGGCACGCCAUUUAAGGAUGAGCGGACCAUGAGCGAGGCAGAGGUGGUUAUUAGAAGUGGCGAGUUGCUGGUAGGAGUCUUGGAUAAAACUCACUAUGGUGCUACCCCGUAUGGAUUGGUACAUUGCAUGUAUGAGUUAUACGGUGGCGCAUGCGCAAUCAAGCUGCUCAGCGCGUUUGCGAAACUCUUCACUUGUUUCCUGCAAAUGGAGGGCUUUACUCUUGGUGUUGAAGAUAUUCUGGUACGAUCGGAGGCAGAUGCAAAGCGCAGCAAGACAAUCAAACAGUCGCGUAAUAUUGGUAUGGAGACGAUGCGUAAAGCUUUAAACGUCGGUGAGGAUUUAACUCCUGAAGAACUUGUGGCUGAAUUGGAACGCCAAGCUGUUGACAAUCCAAAAUUGCGAGCCUUGGUAGAUCGCACUUAUAAGAGUGAGCUGGAUUCUUUUACCAAUGACGUAAACAAAGCAUGCUUACCUGCGGGCUUGGUUGCGCGCUUUCCGGCGAAUAAUCUCCAACUAAUGGUGCAGUCGGGUGCGAAGGGUUCGACAGUCAAUACCAUGCAGAUUUCCUGUAUGUUGGGACAGAUUGAAUUGGAGGGUAAACGUCCACCAGUCAUGAUUUCCGGUAGAUCUUUACCCAGUUUCCCGGCAACUGAGUUUUCACCUCGAGCUGGUGGGUAUAUAGAUGGACGAUUUAUGACGGGUAUCCAACCGCAAGAGUUCUUCUUCCAUUGUAUGGCCGGUCGUGAAGGAUUGAUCGAUACGGCCGUCAAAACUUCGCGUAGUGGUUAUCUCCAAAGAUGUCUUAUAAAGCACUUGGAGGGAGUUCGUGUCGGGUAUGACAUGACUGUUCGCGAUAGUGAUCAAAGCGUAAUUCAGUUCUGCUAUGGCGAGGAUGGCAUGGACAUCUCCAAAGCGCAGUUUUUGAACAAAGAACAGAUGCGUUUCUUAGCUGAUAAUGCAAAGACCAUUUCUGAUGGAACCGUGCUUGUGAAAAUGAAGAAUGAUAGCGAUGAAUGUGAAAUGAACGCGCAUAGGAAGGAUAUUAAUGAGUGGAUUACCCGCAGUGGUGGUAAAGAUCCACUUGAAACGAAUCGUUCGCCUUUCACGUUAUUCUCUGCCGCGGUAAAAGGUAAAGUAGAAAAGAAUUUGCCGGACGCACAUAAGGUUAUCAAAACUGGCCGCACUAAAUUGGAUCAGUUCAUUGUUGAUUUAUGGCGGCAGGCUGGACCAGAUGUCUGGUCAAAAUUCACCACAAUUGAACGUCACGCUCCUCCGCCAAUUACAAGUCGAUUUCAACCAGAUGCUCAUUUUGGAGCGCUGAAUGAACGGUUGCAGAGCCUAGUUGAUGAUGGUGGAUUUAGCGAGGAUGUACGGGAUGCACUUCGAGUGAAAGCUAUGCAAUCAUUUGCACCUCCCGGAGAUCCUGUUGGUCUUCUUGCAGCGCAGUCGAUUGGAGAACCGUCGACGCAGAUGACGCUCAACACCUUUCAUUUUGCUGGUCGUGGUGAGAUGAACGUCACUUUGGGUAUACCUAGGCUAAGAGAAAUUCUAAUGAUGGCGUCCAAGACGCCGAAAACUCCCAGCAUGGAAGUACCUUUUCUUGAAGACGCUGUUGAUUUUGAAGAUCGUGCAGAAAAGUUAUUAAGGAUACUUACGCGCGUCACAUUGUCUGAUGUACUUGAGAAAAUUAUUGUCACACAGAAGUUGGUCCACGUGCCCGAUAGGAAGUACAGCUACACGCUGAAGUUCCGCUUUUUACCAAGGAGGUUAUAUCGUCACAAGUUCAACGUCACACCGAAAAAGUGUCUGAAGUUUAUGGAAAAAACAUUCUUUAAGAUGAUGUUCCACGAGAUCAAGCGGAGAUCUAAAAUGAAGAAUGAUAUGGCGACUUUAACGGAAGAAACUAGAGCGAAGGCAAAGAAACGUGGUGAAGAUGAUGAUGAAGAGGGAGCCGAAGAUGAGGUUGAACGGGAUGCAGAUGAAAUGAACGAUAUUUCCUCAGAAGAUGAACCAGAGGAUCAAGAGGAUGCCAAAACAAUGUCCAAGUUUCAACAGAUAAAUGAUGAUCAAGAGAAUGAUUCCUCUACGGAGGAUCAAGCAAUUAAAGAAGAAGUGCCACCUAGUGAAGAUGACGAUGGCUCAGAGGCGGUACGCAGUCAUACUGUGCACAUGCAUCAGCUCGCGGAAAACUACGUUUUUGAUACAUCUUCUCACGAAUGGUGCGAAAUUGUCUUUAGUCUUCCAUUGGGACAAAAGCAAUUCGAUCUUACUGCCUUGCUACGUGAUGUGGCCGCCCGUGCCGUCAUCUGGGAAACGCCAGGUGUUAAACGCGCCAUUGCCUAUAACGAAGGUGGACGCCGGAUGUUGCGUACGGAUGGAGUUAACUUCACCGCACUCAGUAAAUACGCGGAUUUACUGGAUCUUCGUAGAUUGUACUCGAAUGACGUUCACCGAGUUGCGUGUACGUAUGGGGUCGAGGCCGCGGCUAGGGUAGUGGUACGCGAGGUAAAAGACGUGUUUCGCGUGUAUGGAAUUGGAGUUGACGCUCGACAUUUAUCACUGAUUGCGGAUUACAUGACAUUUGGUGGUAGUUUUGAGCCGUUGAAUAGGAAGGGAAUGGAGUCGAGCGCGAGCCCGUUGCAGCAGAUGUCAUUUGAAUCGUCGCUGACAUUCUUGAGGGCGGCGGUAUUGAGUGGAAAACGCGAUGCUCUACGCAAUCCUUCGGCGUGUCUCAUGUUGGGCAAACCUUGUGCGAUGGGUACCGGUGCUUUUGGACUUUUGCACGAUAUGAAUGUGCAUGAACGCUCAGACGCUUUGAAGUCUGAACUGAAGGUGGAGGGCUGAUGAAUGUUAUCAACACAAAUUUGCGUUGACCUAUUGAUAUUCAGUUAAUGCGAAAUAAAUUAUUUGUUAAAUUAUAUACCUG